AUGUGUUCUGCGCCUGAAGAGGGUCUCCCUGCCCUACUCACGCGGCGGCAUGUUGAUGAAAUGUUCGUUGCAAGAAAACGCGGGGAUGAUGCCGCGAAGAGCUUCCUGAGAGAUUCCGAGGGAGCGAAGUGUGACCGCAUCCAUGCCCAUGUUUCCAAUGUGAAGCUGCCUCACGACGAUGUCAGAUUGUGGAGGCAAGUCUAUUUUGGUGAUGGAGUGGAGUAUUUCAGCCGCACUCGACAGCAGUGGAUACCUGCCUUGAUCAAAUCAGACGUCAAGCACUCUGAGGAUGGCAGCCUAUGCCUGGAUCUGAAUUCGCGAUCGGCUGUGCCUCUCAGGGAGAUUCGAUUGAAAGAUGAGCACCGGUUGAACCCACGAUUGCUGCAGAACCUUCACCCUGGUGAUGCGGUGGAGGUGUUCGACGUGGAGCAAAGCCAGUGGUUGUGCGCGCACGUUCUGCAGCCGCCAGAGGGCGAUCACAUCCACUUGACACUUAUUCCAGAGGCAACUUCUGCAGCGUGCUCUCAGACGCAGGUAGACCAGACUUCGAUUGGCUUUGUCUCGCCAGACGAGCUCGUACAGGUGCUGCUGCAAGGUGACAUUCGGCUGGUGAGGGGAGAAUUCCUUGAACACCUUGUCUCACAGGGCCGAGCCUUCCCGAGAAGGCAAGAAGCUGAAAUGGCACUCGCUCCAUCAGGAAAGACAGCUUUGGUGUCAUGGGGGGAGAUACAGAGGGAGGCAUGCCUUCCUCUUGCAGACAGGCAGACCGACAUCGUUUGCGUCAGCCAUUGCUGGGAAUCUCGCGAGCAUCCAGACCCGUUCCGGUAUCAGCUGGAAGAGAUAGCACGCUGCCCUCGCCUGCGACAGUCCUGGUUCUUUAUCGAUUAUAUGUGCUUGUAUCAGUAUCCUCGGACCAUUGACCAACAGACUUCCUUCAAGCUGGCGCUGGAUCACAUACAUUUGCUAUACUCGCACGAUUGUACAAACACGAUGUUCAUUGAUGAACUUACCCCGGAGAUCAAGGAGCAGCGCUGUGAAGAAUCCGUGGAAGUUUUCUGCGAGUCCAGUGGCCAGUUGGACUGGGUCAAGCUUGCGGAGCCCGCGGAGCUGAUAGACAAGGAAGGCCAGAGCUCGCCCAAAAUGUUAGUCAUGAACCAGACUCCCUAUGUCCAACGCGGCUGGUGCGUGGCAGAACAAGAAUGGUCGGCAACCCGGAAUUCCAUGUCUAAACCUCCAACUCGUCCAGAAGACUUCGAGCGCAAGGCUGCAAAUGGGCACCUGAAGUUCACGCAUAGAUCAGACCUCGACUUGGUCCUGAAGUUGCAGAAGCUUGUGUUCCUGCAAAAGAUCACCAACUGCACUUGCUACUUCUACAGUGACAGCGUGUGGGACACGCAUGUCUCCGUGUUCGUUGGCAUCCUGCCCUGCUUUGUCAGCUUGAGGGAAUUGAGGAUAUCUGUUGUGGAUCUUUCGAAAGACUUCCACGAGGAGAAUCUGGCUAUUGCCCUGGCCAACCUGCCCAUGCUUGAAAAGUUGGACUUGUACUGCAUCUUGACCAAGCAAAGAGGCGUUUUCCUUGCGAAGGCUUUGAAGAAUAUGAAGCUGAGAGUGUUGUCCUUGCAGCACUGUAGCCUUGAUGAUACAGGCUAUGCUGCUCUGGCAGAGUCUUUAGAAACUCAUCCAACCUUGAAGUUUCUGCUUGCAGGAAAUAAUCCGAGAGUUCGGUCAUAUUGUUUUGGCGGCCCAGGGCCAGAGAUUCUCCGGUUGACGAAGCACAUGAUGUCCGCAAAUGUGACUGCAAAGUUAGCAGCAGCGCUACACUGCAACAGCAGCUUGGAAAGAGUGCUCCUAACAGACCGCUUCAUGGGACGCAGUCGCGAGGAAAUCCUUGGCUUGUUCAUGGACAACCG